AUGGAGGCCUUUACCUUAUGUUGUACACGCACAUACAACCCCGACAAUCCUGCAAACCUCGAUAUUUUGCCCGGGGAGAUCAACUGCAAAUGCUUUCAACAAGGCAAGCCAACCAUUUGCAGUAUCGCUGAAGGCAACACAGACGACCUUCACAAAUACAUCGAGACUGGCUGGCAACAUUUCAUACAGCAUCGACGAGAGAAAGACCUUUCUAUCCCCAAAGAAACAACACCAUAUCUUCAAGAUGCAAAGGACCUUCAUAUCUGGUCGGAAAUCGGACAAAAAUUCCUAACACAAAUGAACUGCACACAUAGCCCAAGUUUUGCGAUCUGUCGAUUCGAGGACCCGGGCUGCGAGAGCCCUCUCAUAAACGCUAUACGAUCCCAAUCGCCCGACAAUAUAAGUCUCCUCCUUGAGCUAGGCGCGAACCCAGACGGAUACCCGCUCUCCUGGUUCGAAGUAUGGCAGACAUUUUUCCUUCGUUUCGGGGUCAACUACAGUGCGACUUACUAUGUACCAUCAAGAGCCAGACAAUUAGAUAGGAUUGAGGUCGACACAGCACAGACGGACUGCAUUACAGAGGGGGAAGUAGAGAAGCGAUCGCGCAACUAUUUCUGGAGGGGAUCUGACGAUAGUUGGCGUCGUAAUCGCUACACCGAAGUCGUGCACCCGCUCGUCAUGGCAGCUAGCCUAUCUUCAACGAAAAUAGUCGAUCAACUCCUAAAUACAAACGCAGACCGGUCGUUCUGGACCGCGUUUCCCGCGCUGAAAGCUAUUCCGGAACAGCCAACGCCUUCAUCUCUGUCACUCUCGUCCCCGCUACACGAAGCAAUCGCAAGUGGGAAUACGGAGAUGCUCACCCAUUUACUACAAGCAGGGUUCAAUCCUAACGUUAUUCCGCUCGGAGACGUAUACAACAGUAUCACCCCGCUCAUGGCAACGAUACUAGAUGGCCAUUCCUGGAAUGAACCCGCAUACGAGAUCCUGACUCGGCAUCCUCAAAUCGAUUUCAACCUUCGUACGCCAUACCUCCUUGUUCAUAUCUUGCAUGUAGCAGCGGGUCAUUCGCUACAUGCCCUCCAACGCGUUGAACGAGAUAUACCCCUCGCUGCAGCUGGUGCAACUGCCUACGGACACACAUUACUUCAUAUCGCAUGCAUGCCGCUCGAGAUACAGAACCUUGCGUCGAAGACUAGGGAAUCAAUCCGGAAUAUCAGGUACCCACAUCAACGGCAACGAAAUGGAAAAGGAUUCUUUACUGGCCUGCCGAUAUCGUUUGAACAGUGUGAGUCGGAGUUCCCGGAACAAAUGAAAUUAAUACAAUACCUCCUUGAUCAGGGGCUAUCUGUUAUGGCGUAUGAUUCAGACUUGAAUACCCCGCUGCAUUAUCUGGCUGGUGCACGGGUGGUUAAUGAGGGUGCGAUUGCGCUUUUGCGUCAGCAGGUGGGUGGUGAGGAUGCGUGGUGUCGGUGGGGGAAUUGGUAUGGGUAUGCGGCUGAGGAAAUUUGGGAGCAGAAUCUUAGGAUUCAGGUAAGGAAGGAUGCUUGGUAUGGUGGUACGACAAAGAAGGUGGUAACAAUGCCGAAGCUGAGAAUGUGA